CCCGGGAAGGAGGCGUGGCCACCCGUGGUCUAUAAAGGUGGCGGUACCUUCACUGUCACCCUGAAGGUGACAGUUUAUUGGAGCCUUCCUUGGUCAUCCUGGGGUCACCCUUCCAGCGCAGCUCCAACCUCCUCACAGCCUCAGGUCUCUGCACCUCAGGGAGCCCUAAACUCAGCAUGCUUUCUGUGUUUGGACUCCCACUGUCCCUCUCGGCCACGGAGCUCCUCUUGGCCUCCGCCAUCUUCUGCCUGGUGUUCUGGGUGGUCAGGGCCUCGAGGCCUCAGGUCCCCAAGGGCAUGAAGAGUCCCCCGGGGCCGUGGGGCUGGCCCCUGGUCGGGCACAUGCUGUCCCUGGGGAAGAGUCCGCACCUGGCGCUGGCGAAGCUGAGCCGUAGCUACGGCGACGUGCUGCAGAUCCGCCUGGGCUCUACGCCCGUGCUGGUGCUGAGUGGCCUGGACACCAUCCGGCAGGCCCUGGUGCGGCAGGGCGACGACUUCAAGGGUCGGCCUGACCUCCACAGCUUCACGCUCAUCUCUAAUGGCCAGAGCAUGACCUUCAACCCCGACUCGGGGCCCGUGUGGGCUGCCCGCCGGCGCCUGGCCCAGAACGCCCUGAAGAGUUUUUCCAUGGCCUCCGAUCCGGCGUCCUCGUCUUCCUACCUGGAGGAGCACGUGAACAAGGAGGCCGAGUACCUGAUCAGCAAGUUCCAGGAGCUGAUGGCGGGGGCUGGGCGCUUCGACCCCUACAGAUACGUGGUGGUGUCUGUGGCCAACGUCAUCUGUGCCAUGUGCUUCGGGAAGCGCUAUGACCAUGACCACCAGGAGCUGCUCAGCCUCAUUGACCUCAGCAAUGAGUUUGGGGAGGUGACUGCCUCCGGAAACCCAUCUGACUUCUUCCCCAUCCUGCGCUACCUGCCCAACCCGACCCUGGCCGCCUUCAAAAGCCUGAACGAGAAGUUCUUCAGCUUCACCCAGAAGCUGGUCCAGGAGCACUAUGCAACCUUCGCAAAGGGCCACGUCCGGGACAUCACAGACAGCCUGAUCGAGCACUGUCAGGACAAGAAGCUGGACGAGAAUGCCAACAUCCAGCUGUCAGACGAGAAGAUCGUUAACAUUGUCUUGGACCUCUUUGGAGCUGGGUUUGACACCGUCACUACUGCCAUCUCUUGGAGCCUCAUGUACAUGGUGACGAACCCCGGGGUACAGAGAAAGAUCCAGGAGGAGCUGGACACGGUGGUCGGCAGGGCGCGGCGGCCCCGGCUGUCCGACAGACCCCAGCUGCCGUACAUGGAGGCCUUCAUCCUGGAGACGUUCCGGCACUCCUCCUUCGUCCCCUUCACCAUCCCCCACAGCACCACGAGAGACACAAAUCUGAAUGGCUUUUACGUCCCCAAGGGGUGUUGUGUUUUUGUGAACCAGUGGCAGGUCAACCACGAUCCGAAGCUAUGGGGUGACCCCUCCCAGUUCCGGCCCGAACGGUUUCUCACCCCUGAGGGCGGCCUGGACAAGGAGCUGAGUGAGAAGGUGCUCCUCUUCGGCAUGGGCAAGCGGAAGUGCAUCGGGGAGACGAUCGCCCGCCUGGAGGUCUUCCUCUUCCUGGCCAUCCUGCUGCAGCAGGUGGAGUUCAGCGUGCCGCCGGGCGUGGAGGUGGACAUGACUCCCCUGUAUGGGCUGACCAUGAAGCACCCCCGCUGUGAGCACUUCCAAGCCUGGCCGCGCUCGUAAGGGCCUGAGAGCCCGAGGCCUAGACUCUAUCUUCCUGGCCUGCCUGGGCAGCCAGGCUAGGGGCUGGCCAGGGCAGCGUGGUCUAAGAUUCCUCCUGAAAUGCACGGAUGCCGCUCUGGCUGGUUUUCUGCUCUCUGGGCUGCAGGCAAGUCUGAAGGUUCAAGCCUGCCCCUCUCCUUGACUGCCCAUCUGCAAACUGAUCACAGACAGUGGGCAAAGCUCCUGCAUGGAGGAGCUGGUGGAGCUGUCCAAAGCUUGCUUGAGCUAGGAGGCCUGGCUGGGGUAGGAGGUCCCCAGGAUCUAAGAAACUAUGAGGAGCUGACAGCCCCUGGAUGCUGGUGGCCUGGCCUGGAGGGGUACCAGUCUGGCUUAAGAGACAUUUAGUGCAGGCUAGCUAGGACCUUUCCAGCCUCUUCCACGAUUGGGAGCUAUCCUGGAGUGAAGGGAAGAGACGUGGGAUGCUGUUGCAGAGGUGGACUGGCCACUUGAAUGUGGAGGAGGAUCUGACCCCUCACCCCUGUGGGCAGGAACAAACAGGGCUGCCUCCAGGCAUUGUAAGCAUAGUUCCUGUCCAGGAGGGGCUGGGGACCCAAGACCAGGGCUGGGAUGAGGGGUAUUCAGUCCUUCUACUGAUCUCCCUUCUCUACACCCUGUAGUAAAAUAUUGACUUUUAGUGUUUGUACACACCUUUUAAUUUUAGCCUGCACUGUGCUUGCAUUUUGCACUUAUCCUAUUUAAGGGCUGAAGAGCCGUUUAUCUAGUGCAGUAGAGAAAAUUCUAACCCAAGUUUCCAGUAUGUACGAACAUUGUAUCUGAGUUCAAUAAAGAAAUGAUGCAAAAGUCCUA